AUGUCCACUGAGGACAAUAAUGGAAGUAGUGAAGACCGCAAUAAUGAAGAAGAUCUUGAAGACCAAGGCUCGGAAAUUGGCUGGGGAGCAGCCCAUGGGUGCCUUACCACACAUCCCGGUUUUUCAAAGGAAGUCAUGCCUUCUCAUCCUCGUGUCACCAUUGCUCUUCCAACUGAUUUUGAGUUUCAGCGCUCACGUGAUGAAGAAUAUAACAUGGCAGACAAGCUUCUAGCAGCUGAGGGGUCCAGCAACAAUGAUGCUUCUAUCAAGGCAAACAACCUCAUGCGUCCAUUCUGCAACAGAGGGUGGCGCUGCUACAUCACCAAUUUUGACAGCAACCUUGCAGAUGCUGCCCCACAGACUGAUGACGAGCUAAGAUUUGUGAAGAUAUUUGCCACAACAAAGGGUUCUCCAAUCUCCGUGUUUGAAUAUUUAUCAAUGGAUGUGUCAUAUCUAUGUUCUAGCCCCUAUCCAGUCCAACCUUCUAUUGGAUCAUUGGACCCAGAGAAUGACGACAUGCAACCUCAUAGUUCUCCAACCCAUGCCCAUAAAGUCCUCCAUGAUUUGUUUUCUGGUAAAGAGUAUGAUAUCUGUUGA